ACCGAGCGGAGCCCGCCCUGCGGAAGGAGCUGUCCCGCUGUUUGUUUCCGUGAGAGAAGCCCUUCCUUGCGGUCGCUUGAGGGUAUUUAACCCUCGGCCUUGAGAGUCCAGUUCAGUGAUCCUUCCGGAAAGAAACGUGGCUGAGCUGGCCCGCAGCAAAAUGAAGUUCCUUCUGAGCACCCUCCUGCUCCUGCCCCUGUUCCUCAUCUUCUGCCUCGAGUCUCUCAUUAAGCUUUUCAUUCCGAAGAAGAAAAAAUCAGUCACCGGAGAAAUCGUCCUCGUCACUGGAGCUGGAAGUGGAAUUGGGAGACUCACUGCCUUUGAAUUUGCCAAACGUAAAAGCAAACUGGUUCUCUGGGAUAUCAAUAAGCAUGGCAUUGAGGAAACAGCAGCCGAAUGCAGGAAACUGGGUGCCCAGGCUCAUGCCUUUGUGGUCGACUGCAGUGUCCGAGAAGAUAUCUACAGCUCUGCAAAGAAGGUGAAAGCAGAAAUCGGAGACGUUAGUAUUUUAGUGAAUAAUGCUGGUGUGGUCUACACAUCAGACUUAUUUGCCACUCAAGAUCCUCAGAUUGAAAAGACUUUUGAAGUCAAUGUCCUUGCACAUUUUUGGACUACAAAGGCAUUUCUCCCAGCGAUGAUGAGGAAUAAUCACGGCCAUGUGGUCACGGUGGCCUCAGCAGCUGGACACACCGGGGUCCCCUUUCUGCUGGCUUACUGCUCCAGCAAGUUUGCCGCUGUUGGAUUUCACAAAGCUUUGACCGAAGAACUGGCUGCCUUAAAACGAACUGGAGUCAAAACAACUUGUCUCUGCCCGAAUUUCAUUAACACCGGCUUCAUAAAAAAUCCAGGUACCAAUCUGGGACCUACCCUGGAGCCCCAGGAGGUGGUCAGCAAGCUGAUGAACGGAAUCCUGACUGAUCAAAAGAUGAUUUUUAUCCCUUCUACUAUCAAGCUCCUGACAGUGAUUGAAAAGUAAGUGCCACCAGCAUUUGGCCCCAGGAUCAUCCUUUGAGAAUUACAAACCUAAAGACUGAAAAUUUCAAGAGAUCUAAAGUACGACAUGUGUCAGACUUUCCAGUCUCUCUGCUGGAAAUGCAGACCACGGUCAAAGAUGGGCUGGGCACCUUGGUAACAAAGGGCAAGGGUCUCCCUGGAGAGAAAAGAGUUAAAGCCUGUGACGUUUUCGGCACCAUAGGCGUCGCAUCACAUAAGCAAGUACUCAGUGACGAUGGCCCCGUCUGUGGAUGGCGACCCUCCGAGAAAAUAAUUGUGCCAGUUUCUCAUCACUGUAUCCCCUGCACCUCGAAGACUAGCUGACUCCUAGGGGCACCAAAAUGUUCCCUGGUUGAACAAACCCAUCCUAAUUCUUAGACGUUUAAUGUAGACGAGUGGGUGUGUGCUCUGGAGGUGGUGGAAGCUGUCUGUGCGCUCGCUCACUACAUGAACACCGAUGGGCUCACUGAACUUCGCGGCUCCUCUGUAAAACGGGCCUGAUCAGGAUGAGCGGCGAAUGAGAAUAAUGAACUCGGAGUACCUGGUUUACUGUGAUCACUCCGUACAUGGUCUAGAGCACCGCUUGCUAUGACUGUGAUGACUGUCACAUUCUCAGUGCCUUCACCUCCCUCUGCUCAGUGGGCUGCUUGUCUCGGUGCUUUCUGGCUCAUCUCUGUUCGGUGACUCACAUACAUGUGUGUUUAGUGUUUUUUCAGUGCCAUUGAAAUGUGACAAGCUUGCAAGUAUUCUUAAGUAGAAUUCGGGAGAAAAAAGAUGAGACCUUCUAUGAGUUUAUUUUUAUUUUACUUAUUUAUGUAUUUGUUUGUUUGUUUGU